CACUAGUCUUUUUCCAAGUUCCAACAAAACAUUCUAAAUACAAUACCAUUACACUACUACUCUACUAUUUAAAUUUCCAUUGCCAACCCCCCCAAUAUAUACAUACAUACAUUGAUACAUUUUUUGUAUAACUACCAAAAAAAUAAUAAUAUUACAUUGUUUUAAUAAUAAAACCCUAACUCGUGUUAGCGUUCCGAUUAACAUCUAAUCACAGGUGAGUAUCCUCAGAAUCAUGGAAUUCCUGGAUGACCUUUGGGGCCCACCAAAUUUUGAAGCAACUGAGGAUAUUUACCCACUGAUUCCAUACAGUGUUGCUUAUGAUAUGGAAAAAGAGGCGGCUAUAAACGAGAAAUGUUGUAUACAGGUGCUAAGGAUUUUGAUAAGCAAAGCAGAUACAGAUAUCAUUGAACUUGAAGAAGAGCUUCUGGACCUAUUGAGUCAACUUGCCUGCACCGAUGAAGAGUUUUUAGAUAUGUUUUACACAUCCUUGAGGGCGAAACUUGAUCACCUUGUUUUCUCAACAAGGAGUUUGGAAACCGGUGCCGGAAAUGUUUUGCCAACCACCGAGGAACCAGUUGAAAGCAUAUAUGAUAUGCUUAAGGCUCUUUUUUUUCGUUUACCACAAAAGAAAGAUCAUCAGGCGAGUGCAGCCAAUUCGUCUCUGAAGAAGAAACAAACAGGAAGUUAUUCUAAUGCUAACCAAAUGGAGAUGAGAAAAAGAGCCUUUAUCACUCCGUUUGAGGAAGAUUCAAUUUCACAGGCCAUAGUUAAGGUUGAAACAGAGGAUGCAAGUUAUCCUUGUCCGACUCCUUUCUCUAUAUAUUCUAACCAAAUGGAGAUGAGCAAAAGUGCCUUUAUCACUCCGUCUGAGAAAGAUUCAAUUUCACAGGCCAUAGUUAAGGUUGAAACAGAGGAUGCAAGUUAUCCUUGUCCGACUCCUUUGUCUAAAUAUUCUAAUCAAAGUUGCCGAGGCUCAAUGGAGUGCAUGAACAAAGAAUCAAACAUGGUUCAGAUAAAGAGCCCAGAAAUGACAAAGGAUAUGAUAAAGAAUAAGUUUCCUGAAUGCAACUACCAAAAGCAAUCCAUUGAAAUUCAAGCAAGCAUGAAACAUCCGCUACAAAUGGUGAAGUCUCAGACCGAGACUGACGAGGAAAGCAUAGGUUCUACAUCCCUUUGUUUGGUAGAAUCACCUCAAGAACCUGAUGCAAACCAAAAUUUUAACAGAGAAUUGGGUUUCCCUCUCAGUAACUCUAAUGCAGAAGAUCACCAAAAACAAAUAGUCCCAGUUUCUGAGAGUCAAUAUUCUGCAAAGACAUACAAGAGGCGACAGAGACUUGGUUCACCUUUGGCAAGGGAAAGUUCACCAUGCCUUCAUAAAGAACCUAUACCAUUGUGCAUCCUUGGACUAGAUGUGGUUGACCGGCAUGAUAUGGAUGACUACACCGUAGAUGAAUUGAAGGACAUUGCCAGGCAACAUAAAAUUAAAGGUGUCUAUAAGCUUCGCAAAGCAGAGAUUGCAAGCAUACUCGGAAUCAAGGUGACUAACGGCAAAAGGAAAGUAAAAAGAAACGAGACAGUUUUGCAGAUAAAGGGUGCACCAUAGAUAUUGCUGCUUGACGUUUUAUACAAUUUAACCAAUAACCAUCUUUUCUGCAAGUACUUAUACAUACGGCCGUAUAACUGAAACAAUGAAUUAGUACUACAAUUGAUAUGCUAAAUUCCAUAUAAAGUCCUAGUUGUCCAUAUUAGGCUGUUUCCCUUACAAUGACUAGUACUAUACACUGCCAUCCCUAGUUGGCAUCUGGAUGUAGCUUUGAAUGCUCUGAUUUUUGUCGAUGAAAAAUUCAUCAAGCUUCUCUGGUA